AUGAUGCACACCAGCGCACCGCACUACACCCCGUCGCACUACAAUCUGCCAUCUUCACAAACCGAGACCAUCUCCAUCUCCAUUGGUCUGGGUAAUGACCGCUCUUCCUCGAUUGUGCUACCGCGGGGCCACGACCUGGUCAAGCACCUGGAACGGCUAAUCCCGACCAUGCCGCAACCUCAGACGCAGCAGCUUAUGUACACGCACCAACCCGAGGGGGAGGACGCCACUGUGGCCGCUGCACGCUUCGAUGCUGUGCGUGCACUCUCCUCUCUACCCUACCAGCAGUCGCCGCAGCACCAGACACAAGCCCCUACCUCUACCUGGUCACAGUACAUGCACCCCAACUCGCACUUGGAUACGUCUACGGUGCAGGUGCCAAGCCCCUCUACAAGCUUGACAAGCUCUCCACUCUACCACUCGGAUCAAUCGAGCACUGGCAGUGCCCGUGUCUACCAUCACACACAGAAACACUUGAAGUCCGGCAGGGAGCUCAAUAUCUCCCGCCCACGGUAUCGCCGUAAUAGCAACAGUGGCAGUAGCAAACGUUGCCAGGUCGUAAACUGCGACAAGAUUUCGGUGAGCCGAGGCCUAUGUCGUGGCCACGGUGGCGGCCGUCGAUGCCAGUACGUGGGCUGCUGCAAGGGCGCUCAGAGCCGCAGCGACUUGUGCUGGGCUCAUGGCGGUGGACAGCGCUGCCACGUCAAAGGUUGUUUGCGCAGCCGCAAGUCCAAGCUCUACUGCGUAGCGCACGUGGAUUGGGACAGCUCAGUGUCAGCGCCUCCUGCUCCGACUUAUCCUCAAGACGAGACGUUACACUCUGGCAUGCAGUUAUCACUUCCUAAGAUCGUAUCUCCUGCAAGAUCUAGUGCUUUGACAAAUUCUCCACGUCUUCCAAGUCUAUUGCAAGCGCUGAGUACACACACACGCAGCAAUUUCACUGUGCCGCAAUAA